AUGACCUCUUCUUUACCGCAAACUGGCCAAUAUGACAUCACAAUCGAUGCUCCGUCACCGCUGCCACCUGAAAUACCGGCACGGGUUUACGAUAUUCUUACUACCCUACGGCUCACCCUCGUCAUCCGACUAUCGAAAGAUCUCCAUCCCCUUAAUACCGAGUCUUCCUUGUACGUCUUGCGAAGAGAAAAGGUCCCCGGAGAUGGUGUGAGGUGGGCGUGGGCAGAAAGACAACCCAACACUUAUUCACAUGCCGAUUCGCGCACUCUGGACGAUUAUGAAUCGUUAGACAUAUUACGCUAUGCGGACGUCUCACCUGAGGACGUUCAAGUGCUCAUUGCGAACUCGUCGAAUAAUGUUGAAUGGUAUAGCAAGGGCAGAAGGACGGAAGGCGAACCAGCAGGAUCGGUCUUAUUUCCCAUUGUCCGUGAAAUGCAUUUCUCCUGUCCAGCCCAAGAGGAUCACAGACAAGUCUUGACCUUAGCCAUGUCCCCAUUUUCACCGACUCUAUCUUCCUCGCCGAUCAAUUCUCCUUGGAACACGGAACAUACCACCGACCCCACGGUCUUACCGGCUGUUUCAGCUUUCCCCUACUAUCCAGGUAAACAUACCCAACCGUCUAGAUCAACGAUCUUCACAAAACAUGACGGCGCCUUGGGAAAUCUCAUGAUCGAACAAUUCCUCAAUUAUUUAACUCAAGAGCUUUUUCCAAGGUCAUAA